CCCGGUCCGAUCAGCCGUGCUAUUCGAUCGGGGAUCUCACUUUCCUCACCGCCACCAUCCACGAUGCCUCGCCGACCGCGUCCUACCACUCGCGCGCCUCCUGCUACGGUGACGGGGAAGGGGAACGACACAAACAAAGCCUCCGCUCCUCAUAUAGCGGACAAGAGGGCACCGGCAGGUGCCUCUACAUCCUCCAAGAAGCGGUUUCGUCCCUCCGAGGAAGAUGAGGGGUACAGCAGCGAGGACAGGUUCAACUCUCAGGGGGAGAUAGAAGAUGAAGAUGACGCGGACUUGUUUGAUGGGAGUGGGACAGAGCCCGAAGAGGACGACGACAGUGACGCGGAUAUAGAUGCAGAUCGUGCCGUGCUUUGGGGAGAUGACGAGGAGGAGACGGUCGACCCGGAUAUGGAGGACAGCAGUGAGGAGGAUGAGGAAGAAGAUGAAGAAGUUCCUUCGUCGAAGAAGCCAAAGGAUAUUAAACUACUGAUGAAUGACCUUUCCGAUCUCCCAUUAGGCGCAUUGCGGAAAGCACAACGCUCCCUCGCACAAGCAGAAGUCGAUGAGAGCGUGUCCGAAUCCAAGGCAGGGUCUGGCUCAGAUGAUGAUUCCGACAACGACUCCUCCCCCGAGACCACCAACACUAAGGGGAAGGAACCCGAGAGGGUUGAGUGGUCUGCCCAUCCCAAGAAGGACAUCGCGAAGCGCUCUAGCAAACAUGCACCUGCUGAAAUGUCCUCGAAAAAGCCCGUUACCAGAAGAAGACAAGUCGUCGACGUCCCCAAUCUGACCCCUCGCGAUCCCCGCUUCCUCCCCGUCACCGGCGAGCUCAAACCCGACAAAUUCAAGCAAUCCUACUCCUUCCUCGCCGACAUGCACCGCAACGAGUUCACCACGCUGCGCGAGAACCUGUCCCGCGCGCGCAAGCUGCUCGCCAACUCGCCACGGCACCUCCGCGAGGAGCGGGCGAGGGAGGUGGAGACGCUGGAGAGGGCGUUGAAGAAGGCGGAGAGUCAAGUGCAGAGGGAUAAGCGGGAGGCGAUCGAGCAGCAGGCGCUGGAGAGGGCGGCGAAGGAGGAGAGGGAGAGGCGGGCCAAGGGGAAGGGCGAGUGGUAUAUGAAGAAGGGUGAGAAGCGGGAGAUGCUGGCCAAGGCACGGUACGACGCGCUCGCGAAAGAGGGUGGCAAGUCCGCGGUGUCGAAGGCCAUCGACAAGAAGCGGAAAAAGAUCGCGCAGAAGGAGAAGAAGGCACGGCCCUUUGCGAAAGGGCAGGGAGGCGACCGUACGGUGAAGCGACGGAAGGUCGCAUGAGUCUACCGACAUUGCGGAGUUUGCCGAGCUCAAACAUAUCACGUGAUGACUGCAGCAUUUACCUCUUGCGACCGAGCCUCACCUUUCUCUGAACAUCUCUGGGGCUUGGCUAUGAGGGACACAUUUUUUGCACCUUGUUCUGACCUCUUAAACCCUUUAUAAGCCCACACUCAAAAGCUCC